UUUAUAGAGCCAAACUCUAUUCGUUUGUCAUCAACAAUGCAUCCAACGCCGUUCCAGAAGGGCCUGCCGCUGCCGCUGCCGCCCCUCCUGCACCUGUGGUCGUUCAUGUUCACCACGUUGCCCUUGCUAUCGGCAAACUCAAUGGAGCCACCGCCAGACGUGUGGAAGCUGUCUCUGCCAGCAUAGUAGUAGGACUCGGACAUGGCUCUGCCCUGUGCAAGGAUCUUGUCGCUUUGGUAAUAACACACAACUAAUUAAUACAGUACAUAAACUGAGCAUGCUGGUGCUGUUGAACCGGCUUUUCACUGGUGUGCAUGGUGUCCGGUAAGAUUUGGCAAAUCGCGGCCUGCAAAUGUCCGAAGCCCGCUGCAUUGCCGGAGGAUCUGCUCCCGGCCGACGCCACCUCCACCUCCAGCACGGGCAAAAUCUCCUCCGCCGCCGUGUGCUGCGGCCUGCUGGCGCACUGCAGCGCUGCCCAGCUGCACGCCAUCCUGUGCGGGCUAGUGCAAGCCGUGGCAUCCAGCAGCGUCAAGGGCAACAAUCGGAAGCUGCUGCUGGGCUCCAAGCUGCGCAAGCUGCUGGAGGGCGUGGGCGUGGCGCCGGCCAACGGCAAAGCCUACACCGCCGCCGACGUGGCGGCACUCUCCGGCCCCAAGCUGGAGCGGCUGCGGGCCACGCUGAAGUCGCAGCCGGGACUGCUGCUGUGGUUCCUGCUGUUUACCGCGCCCGCUGAGCUGCAGGCGCUGCAGGCGGCGCUGCUGCCGGGCGGCGCGGGCGACAGGAGCUUCGAGGAGUGGCGCGCCGCGAUUGACGCUGUGGCCGGCAGCGGCCACGAGCAGCUGCUGGCGGCGGCGCAGGAAGUGAGGGGCCGCCAGUCGGCGUGCGUUGAGGGCAGUACGGCCGGCAACACCGCCACCACCGCCACCAUCACCACCACCAACAACAACCCCGCCAGUCAUGGUGGCGUCUACACGGCGCUCACGGGCACCGAGGUUACCAGCAAGGUGGGCUAAUCGGUUACCGGACAAUGCGAUUUAAUUAAGGGACAAUUUGUCCGGUAAAGUAGAGUCCGGUAGCUUUCAGGCAUUGUCCGGUAGAGUCGCGCACCAAUGUCCGGUAGGGCAGCGCCAGAUUGUCCGGUAGAUUUCAAGCAUUGUCCGGUAGGUUUCAGGCAUUGUCCGGUAGGUUUCAAGCAAUGUCCGGUAAGGUAGUGCACCAAUGUCCGGUAGGGUAGUGCACGAUUGUCCGGUAGAUUUCAAGCAAUGUCCGGUAGCUUUCAAGCAAUGUCCGGUAAGGUAGCGCACCAAUGUCCGGUAGCCUAGCCAGCAGUACAAGCAGGACGCGUCCCACCGUCUUUUGUGGUGUCUACAGACACCGUUGCAUGUCCUGUCAUUCUAGUCA